CUAUGGAACUAACAUCUCUUCCUGUGCCCUUUGUUCAAGAAAUAGCAAAGGAGACACUGACGGGAGUUCCAGAGCGUUAUGUUCGAUCACAACAUGAACGUCCAAUAUUAUCUAAUAAUAUUCCUUUACCCCAAAUUCCUGUCAUUGACUUCAGCAAAUUGUUGUCCCAUGAUCUCAAGGAUUCUGAGUUGGAGAAGUUACACUCUGCCUGCAAAGAAUGGGGUUUCUUUCAGCUGAUUAAUCAUGGAGUCAGCACUUCAUUGUUGGAAAGUGUGAAGAAAGGUAUUGAAGAAUUCUUCAAUCUUCCAAUGGAAGAAAAGAAGAAGUUUGGGCAGAGAGAAGGAGAUGUUGAAGGAUAUGGUCAGGUUUUUGUGGUUUCUGAGGAACAGAAAUUGGAGUGGGGAGAUAUGCUUUACAUGUUCACUUUGCCACCACAGAUGAGGAAACCCCAUUUAUUCCCAAGUUUGCCUUUACCAUUCAGGGAUGAUUUAGAGACCUAUUCUGUAGAAUUGAAAAACCUUGCUAUCCAGGUCAUUGACCUUAUGGCAAAUGCCCUCACAAUGGACACCAUGGAAAUGACAGAGACCUUUGGUGCAGGGACUGAAUCAAUGAGGAUUAAUUAUUACCCUCCAUGUCCUCAACCUGAGCUUGUGAUGGGUCUCAAUCCUCAUUCUGAUGCUGGUGGCCUCACCAUCCUUCUUCAAGCCAAUGAAGUUGAAGGUCUUCAAAUAAAAAAAGAUGGACUAUGGAUUCCUAUUAAACCCCUUCCUAAUGCCUUCAUCAUUAACAUUGGAGACCUGAUGGAGAUUAUAACUAACGGAAUUUACCGAAGCAUCGAACAUCGAGCAACUGUUAACUCCAAGAAGGAGAGGAUUUCCAUAGCCACGUUCUACAACCCUAGUGUGGAAUCAACUAUAGGUCCAGCACCAAGCCUUGUUACUCCAAAAACACCAGCGGUGUUCAGAAGAGUUAGUUUCACAGAAUACUACAAAGGUUACUUAUCACGAGAACUUCGUGGCAAAUCAUUCCUUGACACCAUGAGGAUUCAAAAUGGAAAUGAAGAAAGCUCCUAG